UGAGGGUUUCUGUUUCUGGCUUUGCAUAUCUUUCGCGACUACGUAAAUUUAAAAUAUGAAUUUGUGAGAAUGGAUCUAUUAACUUCUUGGAAAACUGUACCUGUUCGAAAUUAUGAGGAAGAUGACGACUUGGAGCUUAACAAUACCGAAAUUAGCAGUGAAAAAAGUGAUUUCUUUUCAUUGAAACCCGAAUGGAUUCCCAACUCUUUGGUAACCGAUCUUGAGUGCGAGACUCUCGUUGUGAGUCUAUCAGCUUCUUCAUCAGCCUUGAUAUUGUCGAAUGUUCGCCUUUCCUCUCAAGCUUUGGCCUCAAUAACUGUUAAGCAGUUAGACUAUAAAAAAAAUCUAACCAAGUUCAACAUUUUUUUGUACGAACUUGAUCCAGACAAUGAAAACAUAAAGGGAACUCCGUUAUUAUUUUUGGACGCCAAUAAACCUAUUCAUUUAAGUCAAAGUUUUGAGAUUUCAAGGCUUUUAUCCGAAAAACUUCAACCUAAAAGAGUUGUUAUUAUGGACUCAUUUGAAGAACACGACUAUAUAUCGUUGCAACCUCGACCUCAAUCACCUUUUGUAAAGUAUCUGGCUACCUCUUUGUACAAAAGCACCUUUAAACCUCCCUGUUCAGAGUUGGAAGUUCCAAAUGCGAUUAAGAGCGUAGCAGCUUCUCUUCUUACUCAUUGCGAGACUUUUAAUAUACCAGCAAUCGGCAUCUUUGUUUUCCAGAGUGGAGACCCCUCAAAUAUUGAGCUCCAAACUUUAACUUUAUUGGAAUCUGUUGUUUUCAAGUUGGUGGAGUUAUCAAAUUUAAAGUUGGUAGGAGACAAAGACAAGUAUUCUAAAUUUAUAAGAGUCACAGAGCUGCCCAUUUCACUUUACUUAUAACAUCGACGCCAGUAAUAUAAAUAAAAUGUUACCCAUA